CUCGCGAGCCCUGCGGGCGCCGCCUUUCCCGCUUCCGGUUCCGCCGCCGCCCACACAGCGGUGUCCAGCCCGCGCCGUGCUUUAAGGAGGUGGAACCAUGACGGACUCCAAAUACUUCACCACCAACAAGAAAGGAGAGAUUUUUGAACUGAAGGCUGAACUCAAUAAUGAAAAGAAAGAGAAGAGGAAAGAAGCUGUGAAGAAGGUUAUUGCAGCCAUGACCGUGGGGAAGGACGUGAGCUCACUCUUCCCUGAUGUUGUGAACUGCAUGCAGACUGACAACCUGGAGUUGAAGAAGCUGGUCUACCUGUACCUGAUGAACUAUGCCAAAAGUCAGCCAGACAUGGCCAUCAUGGCUGUCAACAGCUUUGUGAAGGACUGCGAGGACCCCAACCCGCUGAUCCGGGCGCUGGCCGUGCGCACCAUGGGCUGCAUCCGCGUGGACAAGAUCACGGAGUACCUGUGCGAGCCGCUGCGCAAGUGCCUGAAGGACGAGGACCCCUACGUGCGCAAGACCGCCGCCGUCUGCGUGGCCAAGCUGCACGACAUCAACGCCCAGAUGGUGGAGGACCAGGGCUUCCUGGACUCUCUGCGUGACCUGAUUGCGGACUCCAACCCCAUGGUGGUUGCCAACGCCGUGGCUGCCCUGUCGGAAAUCAGCGAGUCGCAUCCCAACAGCAACCUGCUGGAUUUGAACCCUCAGAACAUCAACAAGCUGCUGACAGCCCUAAAUGAGUGCACAGAGUGGGGCCAGAUCUUCAUCCUCGACUGUCUGUCCAACUACAACCCCAAGGAUGAUCGUGAAGCUCAGAGUAUUUGUGAGCGGGUCACCCCUCGGCUGUCUCACGCCAACUCUGCAGUGGUGCUCUCAGCAGUGAAGGUCUUGAUGAAGUUCCUGGAGCUUCUUCCCAAGGACUCUGACUAUUACAACAUGCUGCUGAAGAAGCUUGCCCCUCCCCUGGUGACCCUGCUGUCUGGAGAGCCUGAAGUUCAGUACGUCGCCCUGAGGAACAUCAACUUGAUCGUGCAGAAAAGGCCUGAAAUCCUGAAGCAGGAGAUCAAGGUGUUCUUUGUGAAGUACAACGACCCCAUCUAUGUCAAGCUGGAGAAACUGGACAUCAUGAUCCGCCUGGCUUCUCAGGCAAACAUUGCCCAGGUCCUGGCGGAGCUCAAGGAAUAUGCUACGGAGGUGGACGUCGACUUCGUGCGCAAGGCUGUGCGAGCCAUUGGGCGCUGUGCCAUCAAGGUUGAGCAAUCUGCAGAGCGCUGUGUGAGCACCCUGCUGGACCUCAUCCAGACCAAGGUCAACUACGUGGUGCAGGAGGCCAUCGUCGUCAUCAGAGACAUCUUCCGCAAGUACCCCAACAAGUACGAGAGCAUCAUCGCCACGCUGUGCGAGAACCUGGACUCGCUGGACGAGCCGGACGCCAGGGCCGCCAUGAUCUGGAUCGUGGGGGAGUACGCCGAGAGGAUCGACAACGCCGACGAGCUGCUGGAGAGCUUCCUGGAGGGCUUCCACGACGAGAGCACGCAGGUGCAGCUCACCCUCCUGACUGCCAUAGUGAAGCUGUUCCUCAAAAAGCCUUCUGAGACACAGGAGCUGGUUCAGCAGGUCCUCAGCCUGGCCACACAGGACUCCGACAACCCAGACCUGCGGGACCGUGGCUACAUCUACUGGCGCCUGCUCUCCACAGACCCAGUGACUGCCAAGGAAGUGGUGCUGUCAGAGAAGCCUCUCAUCUCUGAGGAGACUGACCUGAUUGAGCCCACCCUGCUGGAUGAGCUCAUCUGCCACAUUGGCUCUCUGGCUUCUGUCUACCACAAGCCACCCAACGCGUUCGUGGAGGGCAGCCACGGCAUCCACCGCAAGCAUUUGCCCAUUCACCACGGCAGCACCGACGCUGGCGAUAGCCCUGUGGGCACCACGGCCACCACCAACCUGGAGCAGCCACAGGUCAUCCCUGCACAGGGAGACCUUCUGGGUGACCUUCUCAACCUGGACCUGGGACCCCCAGUGAAUGUUCCCCAAGUGUCCAUUGUGCAGAUGGGUGCUGUGGACCUGCUGGGAGGAGGGCUGGACAGCUUGCUUGGCAGUGACCUUGGCGGGGGCAUUGGAGGAAGCCCGGCAGUGGGGCAGACCUACAUCCCAACCGCGGUGCCAGCCACCUUUGCCCCUUCCCCCACCCCGGCGGUGGUGAGGAGUGGACUCAACGACCUCUUCGAGCUCUCGGCGGAUAUGGGCAUGGCCCCCGGAGGAUACGUGGCUCCCAAGGCUGUUUGGUUGCCUGCAGUGAAGGCUAAAGGAUUGGAGAUCUCAGGCACCUUCAGUCACAGGCAGGGCCACAUCUACAUGGAGAUGAACUUCACCAACAAGGCUUUGCAGCACAUGACUGACUUUGCCAUUCAGUUCAAUAAGAACAGCUUUGGGGUCAUCCCAAGCACCCCUCUGGCCAUCCACACACCUCUGAUGCCAAACCAAAGCAUUGAUGUCUCCCUGCCUCUCAACACUCUGGGACCAGUCAUGAAAAUGGAGCCUCUGAACAACCUCCAGGUGGCUGUGAAAAACAACAUUGAUGUCUUUUACUUCAGCUGCCUCAUCCCUCUCAAUGUGCUGUUUGUGGAGGAUGGCAAGAUGGAGCGCCAGGUCUUCCUCGCCACAUGGAAGGACAUUCCCAAUGAAAACGAGCUCCAGUUCCAGAUCAAGGACUGCCACCUGAAUGCUGACACUGUCUCCAGCAAGCUGCAGAACAACAAUGUCUACACCAUUGCAAAGAGGAAUGUGGAGGGCCAGGACAUGCUCUACCAGUCCCUGAAACUCACCAAUGGCAUCUGGAUCCUGGCCGAGCUCCGCAUUCAGCCGGGGAACCCCAACUACACGCUCUCCCUGAAGUGCCGUGCUCCCGAAGUGUCCCAGUACAUCUACCAGGCCUACGAUGCCAUCCUGAAGAACUAACAGGAGCUCAGCCUGUGCCUCACCCUGCAGGAGGAGGGGGGAGAAGGGGGUCCCCAGCCCCUCCUUCCCCACUGGCUCGGGGGAAACGCACUCGAAACUGGAAGCAGCUGCAUUGGUGUGUAGGGUUUGCAGUCGAGAGGCACUGAGUAAACAAAGGUAGCAAUUAGUGUCCACGUGCUAACGAUGGUAGGGAACAAUACCCCACCCCCCACCCCCCACCCCUUGGUAUUUUUAGCGUCCAAUGGAGUUUGGAACCACUGCUUCAGCCCCUUCCUCCCCUCUCACCGUCCGUCCCCGUGGGCUUCUCCCAUUCUGUGCCAAUGUUCAGUGUUUUCUAAAUGGCUUUAGGUGUAGCUAGGGUUUUGUAAGAUACUGCUCACUGGAGACAGCCCAAGCUCCAGGCACCUCUCAGCUCAUUAAAACAAGGCAAGAGUGUCGAAAACAUCACCCUGCACUUCAUCUGAGCUUUUUAUACUCCUUCUGAGUUGUUGGUUUGUGUUGGGCUUUUUCCUCUACUGGCUCCAAGGGAAGAAGGUGAUUCCAAGCAAGUGCUGGGAGCCCUCUGCCUCCCCACCCCCCAGG